UGGAGGUCGGACUAUCUGAUACACGGAUCCUCACACCUUACUUGUGAAUGCAGUCAUUUUGCGACGUCACUGGACUUGGUCGCUCCUAAAAUUCCACAGUUUCUUCGUGAUUAGUGACUUAACGAAAAGAUGGCUGAUAUUAAGAUGAUAUUUAUAAGAUAGCGAGUGUACCUGUGGCCUCACUUGCCACGGAGGAGGCACAGAUCUAACACUAUGCACCGGGUAUUGGCUUUAUUGGCAACCUUCCUUUUUACCACAGAGGCGUUCCUGGGCGGUGGUCCAGCGUGGAAUGGCCUUCGAGUGACGUUCGGCAACCCUCUCACGUCUUUUAAUGCGGUGCCGAGGACCGUAAAAGACGCAGUGGCUGACGAUUUCAAGUUGAUUUCGGCGUGCGGCGCUUCCAAAAACAUAAUUGGCAAUCGGUACAUGAAGGACGGGGACGAGGCUGUUAUACUCAUCUUUGAUAAGAAUGGUUACAUCGCUGGGAUAGAAGCUGGGAUUCCCAGCCUUAACAGCAAUCCCUAUCCGUACCAAGAGAUCAUGAAGUACUUCAGAGAAGAGAGUGGAGGUUACAAAAUAACGGCCUACUUCGUCAACCCUGGUAAUUGGCAUUCAACUUGUUUUUUUAAUCUUUUUAAGAUUCCCAGCCUUAACAGCAAUCCCUAUCCGUACCAAGAGAUCAUGAAGUACUUCAGAGAAGAGAGUGGAGGUUACAAAAUAACGGCCUACUUCGUCAACCCUGCCACUAUCUGUUCCAACGGCCGCACAGAAGCAGAAUUUAACCAGCAAGGGACCGGUACGGGGCUCUACAUUCAGACAGGCCCGAACCCUGCCUCUGAUUACAUCACCAUUCCAUUGAAGGAGAGCGAGGUCCAGGGUACGAAGUGGACUUUGGGGAAAUGCUUCUACGGCAUGGGCGUGCACUACUGGUACAACCUGAGUGAAGACAUGAGCUGUAACGACUUUGCACCAAUCUUCCUCUUGUACAACAAAGGUAAACUGAACGCGUUUGGCUGGGCGUUCCAGGGCAAUUACCCAUCCACAAGAUAUGAGCAUCCGUCUCAAAACACCUUUGGGCUUUUCAUGAAAACCGUCCCUAAAUGUCUGAAGACUGUUGGUACAAUUUCUACCCUUCACAUCUAUUUGACCAGAACACCCGCUCUGAACUUUUGUUAGAAGACAAUCCAUACUAUCAAGAGAGCAAUGAAAAUGAAUGUGUCUGUGAUUGUUGAAAAUUGAGAAUAAAAUAUGAUUUUAAGACACGAAUAUUCAGUGAGAGGUUGCUUAGUUCCACAGUACUAAUUGAAUUGCUGUAUAUACAGAGAAAUCAAAACGCGCCAUCUGUGGCAUCGAGUAUGAAGGUUUUCCCCCCUUAUAGAUCUUUAGUAUAACUCAGUUUAUUAUACGGUUAAGAGGUAUUAUUCAGCAGUCAAGUAUAUUUGCUUCAGAUGUUAUGUCUGUUCAUAUAUGCACCCCCGUAUUUCUAAGGGUGAACAUAUUUUGAUAUGCAGUUGUGUUCAGUGCAAAUUGGAACAAAUGAUAUACGAUAAGAAAAUGUUUAUUCUCAUUUAUGCAAACAGUAUUAGCGCUGAGUUCAUUAUGUUGAGUAG